AUGGCAGAUUCCGACCUGCGAGACUGGCCGCCCGGCCCGUCCGACUUCCGACUCGCCUGUGAGGAGUGUCACAAACGCAAAAUCCGCUGCGAGGCCCCUCAAGAUGGACCCGGGCCGCAGGGCGCCUGCCAGGCAUGCCGGGUGAGCCACCGGACGUGCCUCUUCUCGCUGAAAAACAAAACUGGUCGGCCGCGGAAGGCCAAGCCGACUCACCUCCAUCAGGCCCCCAAGACGCUCUCCCCGCAAACCCUCCAGCCACACCUACCUGGGACCGGAGUUUCAGCAUCUGCAUGUACGAUCACGAGUCCGAAUCCUCGCGGGCCGAGACGCGAUUGGGCUUCAAGAACAAGACAGCAUGUUACUGGCCAUCGUCGGCCAUCGGCAGCCGGGCAUUACGAAACACCAAAUAUCCACCCCCACCAUGCUGGCUCGGCAUCAUCCAAGGAAGCGCCUCUCGGGCAACUACCAUGGCUCACGGCAUGUGGCAAUGGGGCGACGGGGCGGAACGACUUUGACCCUCUCCUGGACAGCCCUUGUGGCGGCGAAAUCCAGGUUUCCAUGAGCCCUGGAUUUGUCCAGCUUGAGGAUGAUUUCGUCUUGGAGAUGCCAGAGGUUAUGACGCCGGAGCACCUGCAUCUCCAUGUCCCAGACUCUUCCUGCAACGAACGCCCUGGGUCGGAGUUGGGGCGGCUAGAACGACUACACAAUAUUGGCCCCGGGACGACAACACCAUCGACGGGAGAAUCGAGUGGUGGGGGAGACUACGGAGACUUUUGGCGAACUGGCCCGGCUCCAAACAGUGCCGGGGCCCUCGGGGACCACGGAGACUCGAUGAUGAGUGGAGACUUCUUUGACACGAUGAGGCUCUGCAACGAGAUGAACAACGUGUUCCAGAGCAGAGCACUGGACGUCACGACCCGGGCAGACCAGCGGGAGCUGUCCGUCGUCCUCGCCCACAUUGAAGAGCUGGGCUACAAGACAACGGCGGUGAUGCGAGACGCCGCCAACCUGUCCGGGCUACCCAGCCGACAGGAGCGGUACAAACGGAUGUUGAUGCGCGCCACCGUCCUGGGUGCUGUUGACACCGCUGCCGACCUGGUCAAGCACAACUUGUCCAUCCAUAACAUUCAAUACUCGACGGUGUGUGGGGGGGCCGAGAACGACGGCAGUCCUGACUCUUCGACGCCGGAUCUCCCUCGGGAAAGUCGGGACGGUAAAGACCAUGACGGGGUGGGCGGUACUUGCAUCAAUUCGUCGGCCGAGUCUCUCGAAACGGUGCUGUCGCUGGUUCGGCUCGACUACGCCCUGCUCCAGUUCUCCCGCUUCCUUUCUGCAAAUCAGUGCGAGGGGGGCGAUGGAUGCCACGAUCCGUCCGGGAUGGCUCCAGGGGUGGGACAUGAUUGCCCCAUGGGUGGGGGAACAUCGAUGUUGGCGAAGACGGCGCAUACGCGCGCCCAGCUCUGGGCGAUCAUGGCCCCCAACACCCGACCCAGUUUGGAGACAACCCGGAAACGAAUCCUGCAUAUGCCAGAUGGAGAUGUGUGCCCUGCGAGUGUCCUGACCGGAAAAAUGGGCUCAUCGUACACCCCGCAGGGAACGACCACCCGGUUGACCCCCGCCGACGAGGCCGCGUCCUCGAAGGCGGCCUACACAAACAUGGAGCAGCAGGCAUUCCACGAAUGGCCCAAUGAAGCUGGUUUUGACGGCCUGACCGAACACCGUGGCCCCAUUGAGCUCAAGGUCCACGGCAAUAUCCCGGCAUGGGCGGCAGGCUCUCUCUACCGCACCGGUCCCGGCCAGUGCAAGGUCGAGGACACCAAGUCGGGCACGUUUUACACCUCGCACUGGUUCGAUGGGCUUGCCCACACCCACCGUUUCGACAUCGUGGCUGAAGACGGCAGCGCUGGUGCCGCAGACGAGCCGACGGUGCGCGUGUAUUACUCGUCUCGCCGUCAGUCCGAAAAGGUCACGGCCGACAUCAAGGCCGCGGGCACGUUACGGUCCAUAUCGUUUGCACAACGGACCGAUCCUUGUGUCGGCCUGUUCAGCAAGUUCAUGAGCGUCUUCGACCGGCGGCCGACGCUAUACAACAUUGGCGUGACCGUGAACGUGGACCUGCCCCUGUUCAAGCGUCCGACCCAGCCCGCUGUCGACGUCCAAGGCCACCGAGCUGCCAGCAUCGUCAUCGGAACAGACGCAGGCGUCCUGUGCGAAAUGAACCCCAAGACCAUGGAACCCGUCGACUUCCCGAAGCACUCCAAGUUCCACCCGGACCUCAAGGGGCCGCUCGGGGGCGCCCACGGGAAGCUUGACCCCGAAACGGGCGACUAUAUCAACUACAAUCUAGAGGUUGGCAAGCAGCCCGCAUACCGUAUCUUUCAAGUCAGCGCCGCCACAGGAAAGACCGACAUCCUAGCGACCAUCUCGUACAAGGCGGCCUUCAUUCACAGCUUCUUCUUGACGCGUAACUACGUCGUCCUGUGCGUGCCUGUAGCGCACUACCAGUGGAAAGGGGGAAGGAUUGUCUGGGAGGGCAACCUACACGAUUCGCUCAAGCCCUUCGACCCGGCCGAGACGUGCCGGUGGUUCGUCGUCGACCGGCACCACGGCAAGGGCGUCGUAGCCGAGUUCGCGUCGCCGGCCGGCUUCUUCUUCCACACCGUCAAUGCCUUCGAGGACGACGAUGGGGAUAUCUUUUGCGAAGUAUCCGACUACCCGAACCGAUACAUUGUCGACGGCUACUACUACGACGUGAUCCUCGACCGCAACGGCAAAGCCACCGAGUUUUGGACCGACGGCCAAAUGGCGCACAAGUCGUUCCCGCGCCUCGUACGGUACCGCCUUCGCAAGAAAGAUUUCACCACGGCCAGCGGCAGCGGCAGCAGCGGCGGGAACGCCACCAACCUACCCACGCCCGAGACGGUUCUGGAAAUACCGUCGCCGCACGCCGGCGACAUGCCCGUCAUCAACCCGCACUACCGCUGUCGGAAGCACCGGUACGGCUACUUCCUCGUCAGCCGCGUGUACAGCACGCUCUUCGACGCCAUCGCCAAGAUCGACACCGAGACGCGCGAGCUGCUCCAGUGGGAGGGGCCGCGCGGCCACACGCCCGGCGAGGCCAUCUUCGUCCCGCGCCCGACCAGUACGACGACAGCCGCCGGUAUGGACGGGGCGGCGGUGGGGGUGCCGGACGAGGACGACGGGGUCCUGCUCAGCGUCGUGCUCGACGGCGUCAACAGGACGAGCUACCUGCUGUGUCUGGACUCCAGGACCAUGACGGAGCUGGGGCGCGCCGAGUGUGAGUUUGCUGUGGCCCUUGGGCUUCACGGUCGCCAUGUUGCGGCGUCAUGA